AUGAGAGCCUUACAUGGAAAUAAGGCUAUGGAUGGCUUAACAAGAAGAAGAACAACAAGAUUAUCAACAGAACGAGGCAGGGACAUUCCGUCCAGUAGAGAUGGAUGCUCUUCAAGGAAUCUUAUGAGAUAUACGAUCAUGAUCGUAAUCAUCAUGAGUGCCGUAUUUUACGACCACACAAAUAAUCAGCAUUAUCAGCAACAUCAUCGUUACGGAGGUGUUAUGGCCCAUGAAAUAUUUACGAGGGAUGGACCAACUCCUCAUCAAUUUCAUCAUCAAAGUGCUAGUAAUACUCAUGAACCCGAGGUUGGUUCCAAAGUGAUCAAUGAACAAGAGCCUUAUCAUAAAUGUAUUCAUGAUGAUAUUUUGCAAUAUGAACGAUCAAUUAGACAUCUUCCUGGAAGCAUCUUUUAUCAGAUGGAGGCAAGCUUUCUUCAUCAGGAGCAGGAAUUAAAGAAGCGAAAGCGGUCCAUCUCCACCUCGCAAGAGGUCUGGUCGAAUUUGAGAAUUGUAUUUCGAUUGGACUACUUGGGAGCAACCGACGUGGAAACCCGAACAUGCAUUGUGAAGGAUCAAUGGUACUGGGAUGGAAUCAACACACCCACGGGACAAUUUCCUGGAACACCUGCUUGCGAUUCGAAUACCUUAACAACGAAUUGCUGGAGAAAGUGUACCGAUGAGCAAGUCAUCUCGGAUGCCCUCAUUUCGAAUAUUAGAGAUGUGUUGUUGCCAUCCCUCAAGCAAGAGCUAUCCCUCACGGUACAAACGCGAUCCGUACGAGAUGGAGAUUUGACUUCGUUUUUCAGUGGCAUGUCUCGUUGUGGAUCUCGAGGAGGUGUGCCCAUUCCUUCCGACUUGAAGGCAAAAGGAUUUGAUGGACUCAAUGCUGACAUUAUCAUAUUCGUCACGACACGACCAACAGACAAGGGAGUGUUAGGUUGGGCUGUCAGUUGUGCCUCCGAUGCCAUUACGAAACGACCUCUCGCUGGACAAUUGAACGUAUCGCCAUCCAUUCUGAGUUAUUCACUCAAAGAAAGAAUGAGUGUGCUCAUUCACGAGUCGUUUCAUGCACUGGGAUUUUCUCAGGCAGCAAUGAACACGUUUUACAACAGUACAUUGUCACGGACCAUGUCAUUCAACGAAGUUGGAGUUGUAGAGGUGGGACGAAGUCAUUAUAAUUGUCCAACACUAACAGGUAUUGAAAUGGAGGAAGGUGGUGGCCAAGGAACUGCAUUCUCUCAUUGGGAAAAGAGAAUCAUGAGAAACGAAAUCAUGGUAGGAAGCUUGGGAAAGGAGCAAUUGAUUUUGAGCCCUUUCACUCUUGCCUACUUUGAAGAUUCUGGUUGGUACAAGGCCAACUUUUCUCGUGCCACUCGAUUAUUGUGGGGACGGGAUAUGGGAUGCAAAAUGGCUUCAGGACGAUGCGAACAGUGGUCUCAAGACACGCCCACUCGAACAGGCUAUUAUUGUAGAGAUUCAAGUGUCUCUACAUGUUCCUACGAUUUGAAAAGUAAGGGCGGAUGUUCCAUCACAACACACACGCAAGCUUUGGGAUAUUAUGAACAUGUAGCUGGUAGUCCUAGAUUGGGAGGUCAGGACGAUUUAAUGGACUAUUGUCCUUUGGUAGAACCUGUGACUUCAUGUUCUGACAUUGGCGCCUCCAAGGUGAGUGUGAGCGAAUAUUUUGGGCCAGAUUCUGCUUGCUUUGAGAGCAAUAUCGCUGGUUUGUUGAUAGGCCAAAAAGAUGUCGAUACUCGAUGUUUCAAAUAUGCAUGUGAAGAUGGUUUACUCGUGUUCUACAUUCAGGAUCGUAGAUAUACGUGUUCAGCCACUCAAGAAUAUGAAAGAAAGGAGAGCAUGCCCAUUGGCUUUAAAGGUUAUGUUGCAUGCCCAAAGAAUGGUUAUGAUAUUUUGUGUGGUCAACAAACAGCAAAGAAGGUUCCACACACGUCGAAAGGACCUUGUUUAUUUGGUGUCUUUUUUUGCAACUCUGCCACCAAUGUUUUUGAAAAUGCGUUCAUGACCUCACUGAAAGUGAUGUUAGCGUUCUUUGGAGCAUUUAUGUUGCUUCUGGAAUAA